AUGGAAACUAAGGGCAGGGCUCGGGGCUGCACGUGCUCAGUACCAGGCACUUUGAUCCUGCUACUCAUCUACCUGGCUUACCUGGCGCUGGGUACCGGCGUCUUCUGGGCGCUGGAGGGCCGCCUGGAGUGGGACUCCAGCCGCAGAUUCCAGCGCGACAAGUGGGCGCUCCUGCGGAACUUCACGUGUCUGGAUGGUCCGGCGUUGGACUCGCUGAUCCGGGGCAUCGUCCAAGCAUACAAAAGUGGAGCCCUUGUCAUCGGCAAUACCAGCAGCAUGGCACGCUGGGAGCUUGUGGGCUCCUUCUUCUUUUCCGUGUCCACCAUCACCACGAUCGGCUAUGGCAACCUGAGCCCCCACACGCUGGCCGCCCGCCUUUUCUGCAUCUUCUUUGCUCUGGUGGGGAUACCGCUCAACCUCGUGGUGCUCAACCGCCUGGGCCGUCUCAUGCUGCAGGGCAUGCACCGCUGUGCCCGCAGGCUGGGGGGCGCCUUGCAGGACCCGGCCAAGGCCCGAUUGUUGGCGGGGUGUGGUGCCCUCCUCUCAGGCCUCCUGCUUUUCCUGCUGCUGCCUCCACUGCUCUUCUCCUACAUGGAGGGCUGGAACUACAUGGAAGGAUUCUAUUUCGCCUUCAUUACCCUCAGCACUGUGGGCUUUGGCGACUACAUGAUUGGGAUGGAUCCUGACAGGAAGUACCCAGUGUGGUACAAGAAUGUGAUAUCCCUGUGGAUCCUUUUUGGGAUGGCAUGGCUGGCCUUGAUCAUCCAACUGAUCCUCUCCCUGAUGGAGACCCCAGGGGAGUCAUGCUCCUGCUACCAUGGUGGCUCCAAGGAGGAUUUCAAACCCUCAAGCUGGAGGCAAGGCCCAGAUGGAGAGCCAGAGCCCCACUCCCCGCCGCCGGGCUACCACUCAGAGGAGACUGCAGAAGUCAUCCAGCAUCCGGAACCCUCUAUUCAUACUGUGCACCAUGGCAAGGACAGCUAG